GUGACUUCCUGUUUCCGGCGUGCAUCGGACCUAUGUCCUCCCGGCGUGCUUUGUGUCAGUGGGUCCAAUCGCUCUCGGAGCGCCGUCAGUAAUUCUUGGUGAAGUCCGAUGCUGACGCCAGGGGUUGUGAGAUUCGGAACCCGUCAAAAUGCAGGAGCUUAUCGCCUGUGUGGAUCAUAUUCGGUUCGAUCUGGAGCUGGCUGUGGAACAGCAGCUGGGGGCCCAACCGCUUCCCUUCCCCGGGAUGGACAAAUCUGGGGCGGCUGUAUGUGAAUUCUUCCUCAAGUCAGCAUGUGGGAAAGGAGGGAUGUGCCCGUUUCGACACAUCAGUGGGGAGAAGACAGUGGUCUGUAAACAUUGGUUAAGAGGUCUGUGCAAGAAAGGUGACCAGUGUGAGUUUCUCCAUGAGUAUGACAUGACCAAGAUGCCAGAGUGCUACUUCUACUCAAAGUUUGGAGAGUGCAGUAACAAAGAAUGUCCAUUUUUACAUAUUGACCCGGAAUCUAAGAUAAAAGAUUGUCCCUGGUAUGACCGUGGCUUCUGCAAGCAUGGCCCUCUGUGUAGGCACCGGCACACACGCAGGGUUAUCUGUGUUAAUUAUCUUGUGGGAUUCUGUCCGGAGGGUCCUAACUGUAAAUUCAUGCAUCCAAGGUUUGAAUUGCCUAUGGGUACUACAGAACAGCCCCCUCUACCUCAGCAAACACAGACCCAGCAAAAGCAAAACAAUAAUCAGGUGUUACAGAGAUCAUCGUCGCUCAUCCAGCUAACAAGCCAGAGCUCUCCUGUCAGCCAGCAGCGGUCUCCACAGACUAUCGGUGUCAUGCAGUCACAAAGCAACAACAUGGGAAAUCGGGGACCUAGACCACUAGACCAAGUCACAUGUUAUAAGUGUGGGGAGAAAGGACAUUAUGCCAACAGAUGUACCAAAGGUCACUUGGCGUUCCUGAGCGGCCAAUAACAAUGACUAUUAAAUCAUUUGAAGACAGAAGUGGGCAAACAAGGCGUCUCCUGUAUAGUCUUUCUAAGUCGAGUGGGCAGAUUUUUUUUUUUUUUUUAAUUGCUUAUGUUUCAAAAUGUCUUUUAAUUUCUAAACUGAAUUCAGGACUCCCAUCAAUAUUCAAUUUGGUGUAAAUAUAUCAGGAUUAUUUCUGUUUACUGUGAGCAGUUUCUAGAGAUGUUCAUCCCAUACCAAGAACCAGUGGCAAAAUGAACUAUUUUUUUAAAUAAAAUUAUUAAUUG